CCCCGCUCUUUCGUAUGUCUACCCGCCGCAAGAAGGCCGCCGGGAAGUCCUCCAAGAAGAGCUCCCGCACAAAUCUUCGCGACCAGAAUAGCACGGAUCGCAUGAACGACGGUCUCGUGGGCGUAUCCUCCUCCGUGCCCCGCAGUGCUGGGCUCCGCGAGCGGGGCAGCCUCGAGAAUGGCGACGACGAUCUCGAGAUGAGCUUGCUGUCUGAGGAGGACAGGAGAGAAGACGGGGGAUACCACGGCGAAGGGGACGUCACCCCGACGCAUUCGAAGCCCAUGUCUGCGGAGGAUAAACGCAGUAUGGCAUUGUUGUGUGUGUUAUACUUGAUCCAAGGUGUCCCUUUAGGCCUUGCCUUGGGCUCCGUACCAUUCCUUCUCAAAGAUCACCUCUCCUACUCGCAACUCGCGACCUUCUCUCUCUCCAGCUACCCUUAUUCCCUCAAGCUCCUAUGGUCCCCCAUAGUCGACGCCGUAUUCGUCCCCUCAAUAGGCCGCCGGAAGUCCUGGAUCGUCCCCAUGCAGAUGAUCGUCGGCACCCUCAUGCUCUACAUCUCCCUCAACGUACAGCGACUAAUGGAAGACCCCGCAAAUCACGUCGGCGAGCUCACCUUCGUUUGGACAUCCCUCGUUUUCCUGUCCGCCACGCAAGAUAUCGCAGUCGACGGUUGGGCGCUUACCCUCCUCUCGCACGACUCCCUAUCGUACGCGUCGACGUGUCAGACGAUCGGCCUCAACACCGGCUAUUUCGCUUCCUUCACCGUUUUCCUUGCGUUUAACAGCGUGGACUUCGUGAAUAAGUGGGGAUUGCCGCAAUUGACGCUCGAUGUGUACUUGAAGUUCUGGAGUCUCGUCUGCUACCUCGUGACGCUAUGGCUUCUGUUCUUCAAGAAGGAGGACAAGGAAGUCGUCACCGAAGCCGACAUGAGCAUCACCGGCGUCUACAAAACCAUCUGGGACAUCUGCAAACUUAAGCACGUCCAACAACUCAUCUUCCUCCACUUCUUUGCCAAACUCGGCUUCGCCGCCAACGAAGCCGCCACCUCCCUGAAAAUGGUCGAGAAGGGCUUCAAGCGCGAGGACCUCGCCGUCGCCGUCCUCAUCGACUUCCCCUUCCAGAUGAUCGGCGGCUGGUACGCGGCGAAGUGGUCCCGCGGGCCCACGCCGCUCAAGCCGUGGAUCAUCGCCUACUGGCCAAGGCUGCUGUUUUGCCUGGUGGCGACGCUGACGGUGUAUUGGUUCCCGGAGCCGCCGAUUAGCGGCGCGUUCUUUGCGUUUUUGAUAUUUUCGACGGUCGCGGGGUCGUUGGCUUCGACGGUGCAGUUUGUGGGUAUUUCGGCGUUCCAUACGCGGGUGUCGGACCCAUUGAUUGGUGGCACGUAUAUGACGCUGCUCAACACGUUCACUAACCUGGGCGGCACUUGGCCAAAGUACUUUGUGUUGAAGGGUAUCGACAUGUUCAGCGUCUCGACGUGCAGGGUGGACGAUCUUGCUGUCGAAGCCGUAGAGUGCGUCUCCGACCAUGGAAAAGCCCAUUGCGCCGACAUCGGGGGCCAGUGCAUCACGGAAAAAGAUGGCUACUACACUCUGUCGGCGUUGUGUAUGGCCUUUGGUGUGAUCUUCCUGAUCGCGUAUAUCAUACCCACUGCGCGCAGACUGCAAGCCCUCCCGACGCACGUCUGGCGCAUAAAAUUGUAAACUUGGUAGGGAGUGUUGUACAUAGAUCACCGUAAUCAGGAUAAUUUAAUGCAAGGGGUGUAUUGCGCAUAC